CACCUCGUGACGUCAUCAAAGCUGGCAGUUACCGCCGUGUCAUAACCUUCACUAUUAAACAAGGCUGUUAUUAAGUUGAAGAUCUUAAGCUUCUACAUUACUGAAGAUUGUUAGAUCAAUGUGAGAAACUGCCGCCACGAAACUAACUCUGGUUGUAAUCAUCAAGAACAGGGAUUUGCUUGAGCAAUGGGCCAGGAGUUAUACGUUUUGCGGUGCUACUCAUGCUUGGCGUUCCAGUCACAUCAAGUACGGAAGGAUAGAAAAUUUGUUUGUAAGGUGUGCGGAGCAAAGCAGUCAGUUAAAAAGAAUUAUGGUCAGGGAACAGGUAAAGACUGCCGAAACCAUGUGCAAAAACUCAACAUGUUAAGAGGAACUUUUGAAAUAGAACAAGAAAGAAGAAUAGAAUCUCAAAUUAAUGAAAAUGAGAAGGCUGCAGAGUUGCCUUGGGAAGAUUCAACUUACAAUAGUGCCAUGUUUAUUACCACAAGCAACAUAAAUAGUCACCUCAGUGAUGAAAGCUUUGGGGACAGUGAAACAAACAGAAUCAGCAGUGCAGGUGAUUCAGCUAUGGCAUCCAGUACGUGUUGUGUUUCUGGCUCAAGAAGCAAGUGGUCAAGCUAUGUGACAACUGAAACAGAUGACUCUGAUGAUGAUACUGUGGCUGGCCCAGCACCUGAUACUUCUUUCAGACACAGCAAUGGCAUAAAGGAAGAUCUGGAUGCUGGGUUUGACCAUGAGUCACCAGAGGUCACUCAGAAAAGAAAAUGGAAACAGAAGACUCACCAAGGACCUACAAGAAGCCAUAUCAACAGGAGAGAACUUAUGAGGCAGGAUAACUGGUCUUCCAGGCCUUAUCCAGGAAGUUUAGUUAAUAUUAGUGGAAGGAAACUAGAUGUUGGUGUACAGGCUUCAAAGGGAGGAAAUUCAGAAAGACUAGACCCUUUAGAGAACUGGUCCAUUAGAUUAGGUGGGGAGCAAAACCUAAUCAUGAAUAAAAGAGACAGCACAUCUUCCAGAGGGGUUCCCAGGUCUUCAUCUGAGUCGUUAUUGGAAAGUACAAGAAAGUUUGGGGAAAGAGAAGAGGAAGUAAUGAGAGGUACAAAACAUUUACCCAUCAGGAAUGCUACCAACUGCAAAAUAGACCAAAAAGCAUAUUUUGGAAACAGUGAUGAGAAUUCUGACAAGAAUUGUAAAACAAGGAUUCAAUAUCAACAUAAUUCUGAUAAGGUAUUAGAAGAGUCACUCGAACCUGGUGUUACAAUUCACUCAAAAGAAAAUUCAAAGGAAUGUGGACAGACCCAACAUGGAAUUUUGAAAAUAGAUCAUGUAUCAGGGUAUGUUAGUAAGGAAACGUCAUGUGAUUAUCAAAUGGAUAGAAAUAUUCUGUCUGUUCGAGAUACUUCACCGAAUAAAGACACAUAUCCAAUACCCAAAAUAAACCAAAUGCUAAAUAGAAAAGGCAUCACACAACAAAAUAAUCCAACCACUGUAGACAAGAUGCAUGUUAAAGAAAUGCAAUUUACACCAUCUGUGAAAGUGGUAAACUGUCCAGCAAUGAAAACUACCAUUAAUAAACCAUUAGACAGAGGAAAGCAAUCUUCAGUAAAUAUUUUUGCUAAGAAUUUGAAGGGAUUCAGUUCAGCUUUAUCACAGCUGAACUCUGGACUCGGUAAACAAGGAACAUUUCACGCUGAGGCAACUUACAACAAGUAUGAAGCAGCAGAGGAGUUUGAGGAUAUCGUUAAUUUUGAUCUGUAGUAAUUUUACUACAAAUUGAUAUGUCUUAUUAUGGAGAAUUAUAGGGUAAUAUUUUUUUCUCCCAUUGAUAUUAUUUUCCUUUUAUUUUAUUUAGUCACAUUUCACCAUUUAGUUGUAUACUUCCUGUUUUAUUUCCAUAUAAUUGUCACUAUUUUUAUUAAUGCUGUUUAUCUUUUUUUAUUCAUCAUCUUUUUUUUUCUUCCCCACUUGGU